UGGCGAGUACACAAAGAUCGUGAUUUCUCCCGCCACGUCGUCGGCGUAAUGUGGCGGCUCAGUGUUGCACGAAAAGCUAGUUCAAAUGUGUGCCUAUCCCAGGGGAACGUAAUAUCGACCAGGUGAUUGUCAGUAUGAUAGUCGAAUAUGAAGAUGGUGAUCCAUAUUUUGGUGGUUUUAUUCGGCUUGUUACAAGGUUUUAGCAGUGCAGAUGCGACGGAGCUCUCAAGUCAGAAUGCAACUUCUGCAAAGGUUUUACAUCGACAGAAGCGAAUCGUGUACACGUACAAUAGUGCUACUGGAAUCCUGGCAGCUCUAUCCGUACCGCUGAUCAUUCCCAACAGGAACAUAUUCUUCGCGUACAAUUUUGAAAUGAAUUACAAUAUGCCAACGAGUUCAACGGAUUAUACUCAGGGAGUGCUGAAACGGGUUGAGUCACCGGAUCUGAACACAAAAAGGGACACUGGGAGACGGAUCAACGAGAGCAAACCGAGUGCCAAUUUUACUCGAAAGAAGAUCUACCGAACGAUCGAGGUCAACCUAAAUCGACUCGGUUUGAACGGUAAAAGAUGCCUCUUUCGGGCGAUAUGUGAAACUGCUGAUAACCCCCUGUAUGAACAUAACGGUAUUCUGGGGGAUUUGAUUCAUAUACUGCUGACACCGUCACACUCGAAGGACGAAAAAUUGCCGGCCGAAUUCUAUCGGGCGGAAAAGCUGGGAGCAAAUCAUGAUUGCGGUAAAUAUCACAAACAUUGUCCCAAAAGUCUGCUGGACAUUAUAAGUGUUCUAAUUUGAUUGGCAAAUUAAUUGGGCAAACACAUACUUUUACAUAAGUAAUUUUUUUAGAGUAGGUACUUAAAGGUAUCGUUACAUCACUUA